AUGAUGGCAAUAGACAGACAGACAAAGUGACUGUAAACAUUGACAAUUACGAAAAAUGUGCUUUGAAUUAAAAAGUUUUGCGAAGCAUAAAGGUUUUAACGAUUUUGAGACAGAUCCUUAACGUUUUAAUAUCAAAAGAUUCUGUAAACAAGCAGGAAUAUAAAGAAUAAAGAAGUUGUAGGCGUUAAUUGUAUGUAAAAGUUGCCGAAGAAGACGAAAAUCUGGUCGAAAUGAUGGUAGCUCAAAACAAAAAACUUGAUACAUUAAAUUUCAUCGAGAGUGUUAAGAAAUAUCCGGAAAUAUUCAAUACAACACAUCCAGGAUUCAAGCAACAAGAUGAUAAGAAUGGCGCAUGGCAUAAGAUAGCAGAGGAAUUCAAUACAGAUCCCAACUUAUGCAAGAAGAAGUUCCGUACGCUUAGAGAACGUUAUACGAGAGAAUUAAGAAGAAGCUAUUUAGAACCUGGAACUCCAAUUAAGUUUGAGUACUUUAAGCAACUAAACUUUUUGAGUCCUUAUAUCAAGUUCCGUUCAAUCAUGUUUGAAACAACUGAAGGUAAAACCGUUGUGACGAAACGAGAAGAAAUGGACAAGAAUGACAUUACAACUGAAAUUAAGAUAUUAGAGUCAGAUAGCUAUUAUGAGGAUGAGAAUGAUCAACAGAGUUACGUCCAAGAGAAUCCAGGCUCGUCAAGCAUAAUUUACGAAACAUCUGCAGAAGUCGAUCAUCAUAUCCAGGAAGAAUAUACAGAUCAGCAAUCAGUACAAUUAAAUGAUAGACAUUCAGAAGAAGAUGACAUGCUGACAUCGACCAGUUCAAAAUGUAAGGACCGUAAGCGGAAAAACAGCUGGAAUGAGCUCGUCGAUGAUGAAGAUGGAGGAAAUAAAUACUUUGCCAUGUCUGUAGCCUGUUCGCUUAAACGACUCACAACACUCAAUAAUUUAAAAGCAAAAGUAGAAAUCUAUCAAAUCCUCGAAAAGUAUGCGACAAAAGAGAACGAGUAAAUCCAUUUACCUAUCAUUAUUACUAUUAUUAUUAUUAUUAUUAUGUGUAUGAUAUUUAGACCUAAUGCCUGCCUACAACAUAUAUGAUCACUUUUUUGCAACUGUCACAAUUUCUUUGAAAGUCAUGUCAUAAUGGACAGUCAGCCAAGUAUUGACUUGGUUCAU